CACAUAAACCCUAAAUCAUGCGCAACUUAAAAUCGAUCUAUCUCUCAAACCCUGAGGAACCAGAUGACGAGCCACAUAUCAAAUUGAAGCUCUUGACGAGAAGAAUCCAUCAGCGUAAACCGUUCGUCGAUACGAUCUCAGACGCGCCCUCACUUGCAGAAACAAUACACGGCGCCGUCUUGGUCUUUUGAAACCCUAAUCCCGAAGAACCCUAAAUUGUUCUUGCUUGUGUUCCGGCUUGCAAACUCCGAUCAAGCUCAGCUCCGAUCAAGCUCAGCUCCAGACGUUCCCUGUCCGUGAUCAACGUCCUCAGCCUCAGCACAGCUUGCGUCCAGCUCAUACCAAAUCCCUGACCAAACACAACCGUCCGCGAGAAGAAACAAGCUCGCGAUAGCCGUCGGCAACGCGACCCGAUAGGAGCCGACUCGAGCCCGUUCGUCUCAGCUCGUCUCUGAUCUUUGGAGGUCCGGUGUCUACAAUCUGCAAAACAAGGGUAAUCCUAAAUUCUGAGAAUAUGAAUUGAACCUGGUUGUUUUGUAAAGAUUGAAACCCUAAAAUCAGAACUCUAAAGAUGAAAGCCAUAGGAAAAAUAGAUCAAAUCCUAAAGAGUAAAUCGGAGCUCGAAUACGUCCGUUCUCCUAAACCAUAAUUCGAGAUUGAUCCAUUGAUCAAUUAAAAUAAAAGUUUUAAUGAUUUUGAAUCUCAAAUCAAAUUCCCUUGAUCAAAUAUCAAAGUUUCGAAAACCCUAAAACCCUAAACUGGAAAUCGGUUUUAAUUGUUUGAUUUAAAACUUGAUUGUUUUAUUUGAUCACCUAGAAAGAUUGCUAGGAUUGUUUAAACUCGAAUCUGAAUUGCUUGACUUGUUUAAACUAAAAAACUUGAUAAGCCCUUGAUUAUAUCAUCUCGUGGCCGUGUGGCCUUAUUGCCUUCAUACUCGAACUUGAUCACUACUGAUUGAUUGCAAUUGAACUUAGAUCUAAUUCCAGGGAUGAUGAAUUGAACUAAAAUAGCCGUGUGGCUCAUCUUGGCCGUAAGGUAUUGCUUGAAUGUUUAAAUGUUUAAAAACACUUAAUCUCGAUUUAUAUUCCUAAAGGCUUUGAAACCUUAAUCUUAAAAUCGAAUCCUACUAAUGUUUAAACCGAAACCCUAGAAUUGAUUAAGAUUAUUUGCAUACAAAUGAAUCUGAAUAUGGAUUGCAUUCAUACUGUUUAAAAGGAAUCGACCAGCAUGUAGUUUAUAAAAUCUUGAAACCGUUUGCAUUAAGUAGAACUACAUGGCCGUGUGGCUUGAUGAUUGUUUCGCACCAUGGUCGAUUAGAUUGCUUGAUUUUCAUAAAUGCGUAAGACAUGUUUGUGGCCGAGCUUGUCGAUUAUCUUGCGGCCACAUGAUCACAUUGUGAGACUCAAUUUUGAAUGAUGAUGUGAUUCAGAUGUCGAAAAUCUCAAACAGAGACUAUGCAGCCCUUAAUCUCUCCGGAGAUAACUACUUGCAGUGGGUGCUAGAUACAGAGAUCAGUCUAAGGUCAAAGGGACUUGGUGAUACUAUCAUCAAGGGCAACAAUGAGACCGAUAAAAAUCGGUACAUGGCUAUAAGUAUUAUACGCCAUCACCUCAUUGAAGGUCUAAAAGAUCAGUACAUCACGAUGGAAAAUCCACUGGAACUUUGGGAUGCUUUACAGCAUAGAUAUGAUCACCAGAAAACGGUGUUACUUCCAAAGGCUAGAAACGACUGGAAGAAUCUUAGAUUCUUGGAUUAUAAGUCGGUGGAUGAGUACAAUUCAGUCUUAUUUAAGACGGUCUCGAUGCUGAGACAUUGUGGUGAAGUAGUAACCGAAGAAGAGUUACUUGAGAAGACUUACUCUACAUUCCAUUCAUCGAAUGCAAACAAUGAGCUCCUGAUGAAGAACAGUGAAGCUAGACCUGUUGGAACAGCACCAUUACCGGAAGCUAAUGAGGUUGAAAAGAAAGAACCCAACGAGUGCAAUUACGUCCAAAACAAUAAGAGAUCACACGGCAAUGGCCGUAGUGGUUACAAGGGGCGUGGCAGUGACAAUUACUCGAACAGCCGAGACAACUACUCGACCGGCCGGAAAGGAAACCACAAUAACCAUGGUCGUGGUUCCAAUUAUGGCCGUGGCCGAGGUAGUUAUGGCCGUGGUCGAGGCGGCAUAUCCAAACCGUCUUACUCGACCAAAUAUGUUUGUCACAGAUGUGGAAUGGGAAACCAUUGGGCCAAGAACUGUAGAACCCCUAAGCACUUAUGUGAGCUCUACCAAGAAAGUCUGAAGAACAAGAACCCGGAGGCUCACAUGGUUCACGAUUCCGGAUAUGAGGCCGAUAAUGAUUCCGACAUUGCUAAAGAUGACCAGAAGGACUUUGAGACUUCUGAUUGUCUCAAGGACUAAAUUUUGAUACGACUUGUCUUAUUGCUUUAUGAUUUGCUUUGAUGUUUCACGAUUUUAUAUAUAUAAUAAGAAUUGAUUUUGAAUUCAUUAUCUUGCCUGAUCUUACUUGAACAUAUAAAUAAUUUUAAAGAGUUGCCUAAAGGGCAUAAAACCAAGUAAGAAAUCAUGAAUGGGUAUAGUAAGCAUAGUAAAGAAACUAUGGCUAAGGCAUUGCCUUAAAAGGCGUUAUACACACCGAAAAGAACAUGUGACCCUUGAAGUUAUAAUGUAUGGUUUCCAAGUAGAAACAAUGGGUAAGGAAGGAAACAAGUACAUUUAGAUUUUAAGAAGAAAAACGCCUAAGACCUUGAAAGAAAGUGGUCAAGACUAUACCGAUGAUCUCUACUGAUCAAAACUAUGCUACAGAUCAGUAUGAUAAAGAGGCAAGAGAUGUGGUAACCAUAUUGAGAUAACACCACGAAAUUUUACACUAUAUGGCAUGAUAGGAUUAGCCAUCCUAAAGUCUAAACUGAUGCAAAGAUUGAAAAGGCACAGAGUUAUCCCGUAAAAGAUCUCACGUUGUGAAACAUGUACACAAAGGGAAACUCAUUAGGCUUAAUUGUCCCAAGAACCACGACCUUAUAGUAUGGUCAUGAGGGGGAGAGAGGAUAAACCCAUGAUCAAUACUACAAGUUCGUAUACCACUAUGGUCUAAGACAAUCUUAUAUGGCUCGGUAAUUACUCGACCAUAAAGGACCAUUCCUCGGCUGUAGAGGCCAUGAUACAAACGGCCAAAUCUAAGAGGCCAUUACCCGGCUGAAUAGAACCAUGUUAUAAACGACUUGACCGUGACUUGGCCGUGAAUUGGCCGUGACUUGGCCGUGAAUUGGCCGUGUAGUGCAGGCUUGACCGCACACAAUCCAUUACCUAUAAAGGUUCGGCCAAGUAAGCUAUUACCUAUAAAGGUUCGGCCAUGUAAAGCUAUUAUCCAUAAGGAUGAGAUUAUAAAGUCUAUAAGCUUGGGGACAUUAUGAAUUUACAUGUAUAGGAUGAUAAUAUGCAUCAGGCCAUAUAAGUGAGCAUGGAUAUUCUCAUCUCAGAUUGAAUACGGGUCAUAAAACCAGACAUACACCAUCUUAAGAGAUUUUGAAUAAACCACCACAUACAUACAUGUGCCGUCUAAAGAUGGAACCUCAGAAGAGGAUUGGGAAUAUAUAAUAAUAGGACUUUCUCCACGAAAUCAAAAGGACCGAGAGCCAAAACAUGGGUGAUCAAAUAGUGGCCAGGUACGUAUUGCAUGAAACAAAUGAAUCCGAAUAUUAAAGGAGAAAGAUUAUAAGCUGGACAAAGAAUGAUUAAAAGAAUGAUAAGAAUGGUUUUAACCAUCAUUGUCUUGGCAAAGAU